GUGCUCAGCUGCUCACCUGAGAUCCAGCAGCGUCAGUUCACAGAAACAUCAUGACGCGGCACGUUAACAUCUUCGUCCUUAUUCUCAUAAACUUCUCAAUUUGUCCAGUCCAGGCCAUAGAUCAGACCUCCUAUUUGAAGAAGUAUGAUGUGGUCAAACCUCAGCUGGUUCAGAUGCGUUGGAGGAGAUAUGCAGACCCCUCACACAAACAACCAGAGGAAAGACAUGCUGAUAUCAUCACAUACUCAGUCAGGAUUGAAGGCAGUGACCGAAUACUGCAUGUGACAAAGAACACAGACUUUUUAUCAAAGAACUUUGUCGUGAUUUCUCAUAAAACACCAAAGAAAGGGAAAGUGCAGCCUGAAAGAAUGGUGCAGUGUUACUAUCAAGGGCAUGUAGAGGGUUAUGAAGACUCUCUUGUUGCUCUUAGCACUUGUGAAGGCAUCAGAGGAGUCAUUAUCAUUGGGAAUAAAAGCUAUGGACUGGAACCAGUCUUGCACUCUAAAGCCAAUGAACACCUGCUCUUCCUGUUAGAGGACAGUCAUUCAGAGCCCUUUGUAUGUGGACUGGAAAAUGAAACGUCUCUCAGUGAGGACCACUCUCGUUAUGCUGACAUGUCCAUGUUUUUACGGAAAAAGCGAACCUUACCUCAGACUAAAUAUGUGGAGUUGGCAUUAGUAGUUGACCAAAAAAGGUUCAUCAUUAAGAACAGAAGUGUAAAUGCUGUGCGUGACGAAAUGGUUCAGUUGGCUAACUUGCUGGAUACGUACUUCAAACAGCUGAAUAUCCGAAUUGCCUUGAUUGGCCUGAAGAUCUUUGAUACGGGGAACCCUUUCAGUGUGGAGGGCAAUGCUGGAGACGUGUUGGGCAGGUUUGUGGACUGGAGAAAAACAACACUGUCACCUCAAAUCAGGAAUGACGCAGCUCAGCUCGUUGUAGGUCAAGGAGCUUAUCCCGGAGGUGUGCUCGGCAUGGCCUUCGUAGGGAGUGUAUGUUCUGCGAGUACUUCAGGAGCAAUCAGUGUGUUCAGUGACAACAAUCUGCAGUAUUAUUCUACGGUGGCUGCUCAUGAAUUGGGCCAUAAUUUGGGCAUGAGUCAUGACAGCAAUGGGUGUAGCUGUCAGUGCAUCAUGGCACCUUCUGCCAGUGGAUCAACUAAAUUCAGUGACUGCAGUGAUAAUGCCUUCGAGAGGUUGAUUCAGGGAGGGGGUGGAGCAUGUUUGAGGAACAUACCUGCUCAGGACAGCAUCAUAUCUGUGCCCAGAUGUGGGAAUGGAAUUCUGGAGAGUGGAGAGGAGUGUGACUGUGGCACACCACAGGAAUGCAAUACUACAUGCUGUAAUGCUGCCACAUGCACCUUCACUAAGGGCUCCACCUGCGCCGCAGGAAGUUGCUGUCAAAAGUGUCAGAUCAUUGUUGCCGGCACACCUUGCAGACCAUCCAUCAACCCCUGUGACCUGCCAGAGUACUGUGGUGGAGAGUCUCCAUAUUGUCCAUCAGAUUUCUACAUGAUGGACGGUCUCCCGUGUAACAAUAAUGCUGCCUACUGCUUUGAGGGCCGCUGCCAGACCUUUGAUUAUCAGUGCAAACAGAUUUUUGGCUCAGGAGCAACCAAAGCAGAUGAUAAGUGCUUUACCAAUGUUAAUACUUAUGGCAAUGCAUUUGGGAACUGUGGAUAUUCUGGGACAUUCCCGAAACCUUGUUCAGUACAAAAUGCUAUGUGUGGAAAACUUCAGUGCCUGUUCAACAGCAAUAACCCACCGCUAGGAGCAACAGUCAGUGUACAAAAAAUAGAGGGAGGCACAAUAACCUGCAUGAAUGCUGAUUUCAACAUGGGCCCUGAUGUGCCAGAUCCAGCCUAUGUCAAAACAGGCUCUGUCUGCGCUCCUGGAAAGCUUUGUGCGAACUUCACAUGUUUCAAUUCUUCCGUUAUGGAUCAGAGUCGGAAAUGUGAUGCCCAGAGAGACUGCAGCAGUAAUGGAGUGUGUAAUGAUCGAUAUCAUUGUCAUUGUAAUAAUGGCUGGGGUCCACCCAACUGUAACAAAGGAGGUAGAGGAGGCAGUAUUGACAGUGGCCCUGCUGAGAUUGAUUACUCCCUGAGAAAUGGACUGUUGAUCUUCUUUCUUCUGGUGGUGCCAAUUUUGGUGGUUUUAAUAAUCGUAUUACUGUACGUGUUCAAAAGAGACAGUCUCAAGCGCUUCCUGAAGGGCUGCCCUUCCAUACGGAAAAGGCCAACGAAUGCAGCAAAUGGUUCUUCGAACACACCGUCAAAUGUGCAAGCUAAUGGCAAUACAACAAGAGCAUCCGCUCCACAGUCGAUGACAGAAAUUCAAACAGCACACCAAUCACAGCCAACUGAUCCAAAGUAUCAACAGGAUACCACAGUAAACCAACCAAGACAAGGACCUGGAGUCCCCAAACCAAUCCCACCCAGACAGACCCAAGUACCAGUAUGAAGGAACAAACCUGCACAAUUAUUGCUCUUUUGUAUUGUACAUGUAUUGUAUUUUCACUUGACACACAAUUUAUUCUUUAAAUGAAAUUGUUGGCACACUUUCUAAAAUUGAAAACAGACCAAGGAUCAGUGCUGCUUAUAGUAAAAAAAUGUUUACAUGAAUUGUAAUUUUGUUUUCUACAUUAAGUGAUGAAUGCAUGACAUCUUAACACAGUGGUUGAUAAUAUUUAUUGUCUUUGGGGGAAGAAUUAAUCUCCCAUAGAUUAAGCUGCACUGUAAUCGUGUGAAUUCAGGGAUUUGAGCACAGUAAAUGUGUAAAUUCUGCCUGUUUUGUUACAUUUAGAAGAAAAGGUUCACUGUUUUCAUUCUUCUUUUUUCUGUUUGGUUUGCUAUUUUAAUACAAAUAUUUUCAUAUUAAAGUAACGUAAUUUUACUGAAAAUCUGUUUUAUAUGUACCAUAAAUGUCUAAAUGAAAAUAAUAAAGUAUAUUCUGUAUUUAAACUA